AUGGGCUGCCUCGUAAGUGUGAAAUAAGAUAUUUUCAACAAAAACAAUAUCUUUCAGUUCAGCUUCUUACUGCGUAAAAGAGGUGUCGGAAACGGACUGCCAGAUGGAAAUACGCAAAGAAGUCAGCCGGACUCCCCGAUAAGGCAGCUCGAAGCGCCGCCGGUCAAUUACAAGUAAAAUUUUGUAUCAAAUUUAGGAAAAUUAGUUUUUUUCCAGUCUCAGAUCAACAGAAGUGACGAUGGAAUAUAUUUGGAAUUUCUUGCCGCCAGAGGUUUUUUUUUAAUUUUUUGAAACCCCUCUUUUUGAUGGCCAGACGCGCAAGUCGUUUUGGUCCGGCGCAUUUUGAAAUAAUCGAUUUUUACACACGUUCUCCGAGAGCAUCGAUGAACGGCGAAAAAAAGUAUUAUUUAAAAAAAUUUCAGAUUGAGUUUUUCUGAGCUCAUAUUGUGGUCACAAUCCUAAAAAAAAUUUUUACAUAGAUUUUUGGAAGGCUCCGUCUUUUUUUAUUUAAAAAAAUAUUUAAUAAAGUGUUAACACAAAAACUGUUUAAUUUGCCACUUUCGUUUAAAAAAAGUUUCAUUCGAUUUGGACGACGGAGAAAAAAGUUUCAUUUUUUUUCGGUAUUUUCCCUACCGUAACCCUAAAAAAGGGGCGGAGCCUCUCAAAAACCUAUGUAAAGGACUUUGCGUGAUUAUUGUGACCACAAUAUGAACUCAGAAAACUCAAUCUGAAAAUUUUGUAUCAACGGUUUUUCGCGUUUCUGGGAGAACGUGUGUUAAUUGACUAUGUCGAAUGCAGAUCAAAAGAUUGUCUGCAUUUUUUUUUUAAGAUUUUGGCUGAAUUUUCAAAGUUAAAAAGCUAAGGGCCGCGUUUAACCAUUCUACGUGCCGUCAUAGCAUCAAUUUUUGAUUUUUAGAGACCAGAAGACGUCGAAUCCGGCCUCUCGAACGCGGCACGGAGAGAGUCUCCAACAGAAAAUAUCACAGAGCCCGUGAGAAGGAAAACUCUCCCGAAAAUCGAUUUCUCGGCUUUGGAUGAGGCGAGAAAGAAGAACGAGGCACAAGAAACUCCGAUAUAUCUACAUUCCAAUUAUGGAUAUUCCGGGGGAGCCGGUGGAACCGAAUACAAUUUUCGAAGUGAAUCGGACCAAAGUUCUCAAUUGAGGUCUAGAAGCGCUGGCGGGCUUGGAGGUUAUUCAAAAAAUGAGGUCUCUUCGAUAGAAAAUCCAAGCCAUUUAUCCAGGGGUUUGGAAUCUGAGAGACGUCAAACUUCAAGGCUUUCAUCACCAGAACCGAGGCCGAGCUUGGGAGCGAAUUCUUAUGGAUACAACGGAUCGAUUUAUGACCAUAGAAGUGUUAGAGAUGCUGAAAGAGGAUCUGCUUCUUUUGCCACCACCGUCGCCGACUUCAAGCCGUUCAAGAUCGGAACCAGAUUCUCGGAUUUAUGCUGAAACUUCUAAACCGACUUCAAAUCAGUUGUCCCCGAAAUACGAGUCAGAACGCUUCGGAGAUCCUCCAAGUCCUGUGGAAUCAUCUAAUAUGGCUUCGAGUUAUUCAUAUCCGAGCUACUUGACGAGACCCUCUGGAGGUUCCCCAAGCUCCAUGGAGCCUUCUGGACCCACUUCAACAAACUCCGUGAAACCUGCUAAUCCUUCCGAAAAAAAGUUUGACCGAACCUAUUCCAAACGCAGUCAAAACUCUCUCGAUCUCAAUCCUUCCAUUACUCCACCAACCAAAAUCCAACGUCAAGAACCUCCUACAAACUACCGUCGGCAGGCGUCUGAUCUCCUCUCAGAAAAUCGAAAAUUGGCGGAAGAGCGCAAGAGAAAGAAUGAAGAAGACGCGGCGCAACGUGCCAUGGAUCGAGCUAAACGCAAAAAAGAACUGGAGGAUUUGGAGCGAAAAGGUCGAGAAAUCGACGAAAAAAGCCGUUGCGAGCUGGCGGAAUUCGACGAGAAGCUGGCCAGGGAAGAAGCUUUGAGGAAGGCCGAAAGGUUGGAAGAACGAAGAACGUCGUGCUCAGGAACGACAGGAAGACGAAAAACGACGGAAGGCUGAGGCUGACCUUCUGACCGCAAGAAUCGCCGAGUUUGAGAGGAUUCGGAAGAUAGAAGCGAAAUGGGAGGUCGACCUAGCCGAACUCAGAAGCUCCGUUCAUCCGCUGCUCCGUCGGUUCGAGUCGGCGGCUUUUGAGGUGAGGAAAUCAGAAUCCGAAAAAUAGUCGAAAAACUUUGACAUUUUUCGCGUGUCUGCGCCUCUCUGUUCCCUCACUGGGGAGGUCAGAGAAGCGUAGAAAUAGCACGUAAACAUGAGAGUCUUGUCGAGAGAAAAGGAGGGCGCAGAGAAGUCUCAAGUCGCGAGAAACGGACUAUACCAGAAGAACUUCGAAAACCUUUUAGUAUACAAAUGUUCGUAAACUGAAUCCAACUUUUUCUGUCAAUCAACAAUAUCAAGUCAAAAAAUUGUCUAUUUUAAAUUUCAGAUCGUUCUUGCUCGGAGGUGUGGACAACACGGUUUCCCACCAAACAACUCAGGUUUUUUUUAAACGCUUAGUGAUCUUUUUAGUUUUCAUAGGGUUACAAGGCGCUUCUCAAGUACCUAUUUUCAUUGUUUAAUGCAUUCCGAUUAUCGCAUCUUUUCAAGUUUUUAAAGUUACAAAAAUUGAAGAUUAUCUCCAAACGAUAAAGGUAUCACUAGGUGUAAAUUUGAAAGUGGUCACUAUAGGCCAGAGGUGGAGAAAUGGCGCCCCUAAGCGUUUUCAAACGUUUACAUUUCUGAACCGACGUAGGACCUAUAGUAUAGGUUCAAGAGAAAAGUAACAUUUCCCAGCGCUUUCCAGUCAAAAAAGUCCUCUACAAGUAUCUUCUCAUAACUCUCCUCUCCAGGACCCUACCAUAACAAAAAAUGUGAAGAUCGAUUCCAGAUGCUUCUCAAAAAAUGUGCCGACGAGUGCAAAACCCUCCAACUUGUCUAUUCUCAAGCCUUUUCUAAAUUGGGAAAGUACAUCGAAAGGAAUUCUCAACCUUUCUUGAAAGAUCUUCAGGUAAUCAAAAUUUUAUCGAAAAAUAUUUGAAUUUCGAUUCCAGGGAAUUGUGUCCCAAUUAUCUAGCUUGAUCUCUCGGCUUGGGCCACUUCUUCAAGAAGACUCUGUUAACUUAAUACUGGUGGGUUAGAAUCACUUUAGAGCAUAUGCAUCUAUGCGCAAGUAGAUUCCGGUCGGGCGCAAUGAAUAUACUAUCCACUAAUCGUUCUAGAACCUUAUUGAAGGUUUGGGAUGGAAAAUGGCUCCAUGGAAAUGUUCCUUUCAGGGUGACAAAGGUUCCUUUUUUGCUGCCCUUUGCGCCCGUUCAUCGGCUCUUGUGCACCAUUUAUGCUGCCUCUCCCUUUUCCAGCAUGUCUAGUUUCCAGAAAAAAUGGAAGGCUCCAUAAAUGGACUCACUUUGCUGCCUUUCUGCGGCCUUUUUUGAGCCUCUCCUUUUAGCGGCCAUCAUUCAUCAUUCCGACAUUGCCCGAGCAUACAAAUAUCUACUUUCCAAAUACAUAGGCAAAGUCGGAAGGACCCUUCACGGGCCCCUUGAGCGUCCGUUACGGAUACGUCUGUUUCCUUUAAUUGUCCCUAAACGGGUGGCAACGGUUUCCUUUUUACUGCCUUUUUACGACCUUUCAUCGGCCUUGAUCCACCCUUUUUUUGGACCCUUUUCAUAAAUUAAAUUUUUUUUAAUUGAGAGUGAUCUUUACCAGUGAAUGUGUAUGAACCAAAUUGUGCUAAAUUAAUAAAAUCGGAAAUCAUGUUUCUUCACCCUUUUUUCACCCUCUUUGAGGCUUUUUUGCCCACCAAGAAAAAAAAGGCUCAAUAAAGGUCGCAAAACGGAUCCCUUUUGGGGGCCAUUUUACGGACCCUACCUUUUUGCACCCGUUUUCCGCACUUUCGACUUUACCGACUCGUCAAAAAAAUAAUGGCAAAAAUCGAAGCCGCAAAAAGACUCGAACCUUCAUCAUUGGCUUUGCAGGCUACCGCUUUAGCCAUUGCACUACGCUUCUAGCUGUCAUGCAAUUGCUGGUUGCGCGUACACAUUCCUUGCAAACAGCGUCACGUCUUUGAAGACAAAAACUUCAAAAAAUCAUAUCUCCGAAACGGAAAGUUUGCGCAGAUAGCGACUAUGCAAAGAUCGUUUGGGCAAAUUUAUGGAAAAUUCCAUACCCUACGCAAAAAUGACCUUCCAUGUUAGCAGUAAAUCAGACUUAAAGCCAAGGAUUCCAAAAUUAUAUUCCUUUCACCACUGUUUCAAGCGGAACUCUCUCUUUUUCGAAAGAUGUUCUUGGAAAAACUAAAUUCCAGAUUUCAGGCCAGCCAAACUCCCAGCCAGACUUCAAACUGGCUUGAGAUCUCCUCAAUCGUCCGAAACCUUGAGCUCAUCGCUAAACGCGUCCCUUCGACGUCCGAUUUCAAAGAAAAAUAUAAUCAUUGACACUUUCACAAUCUUGAAUACACUUUGACGCCUUUUUGGGGACGGCAUUGUUUGAUAACGGCUUGCUCAUUCUAACAAGCGCCGUUUUUCGUUUUUUUUUUUUCUCGUCCAGUUUCUAUUUCUCUCUCUAAAACUGAUGAACUUGGAAGCUUUUAUAUAUAGUUUAUUCACUGCCAUUAUUUUUUUCAUUGAUUCCAUACAAUUUAUAAAGUUCUGGAACCUGUUCUUACACAAGUUGAAGCAUGAAAAUUUAGAAUGGAUGACUCAUAAACUGUGCGUCAUAAUUAUGCAUACUUUUUUUAAGGUUUGAACCUCUGUAUUUUGGUUUUUUUUGCUGGGCUUAGGCCAUGUCAACGAUGAACAUACUUAUUUCCUUUUGAUUAAAAAACUUGAAUAUUCGAGGAAAUGCAAAAUUAGCUGUUGAGUUUCUACAGGGGUGGGCAAAAAUAUUGCACGGCCUUUAAAAUUCCGUUACUCUCAAGUGGAACGGAUUCAGGCAAGAUUGUCUGAAUUGUUUUAUCGUCAAAGUAGCCAAGUUAAUUCACCUUUCGAUCCGACUUUCAUUGGCCUCACUGAGCGUCUUGACUCUCUCGAAAAAGUAUUCGACCCUUGGACUCAGAUCGAUAUUGUCAUCCGUUCUUGAUGAUGGAGAACAUCAGCAUGUUCCGGCUGAAAUAGAGUUUUUUUCCAGGCCUUCAACUUCAAAUAUAAAUAUGCAUAAUUUUCAAGCGAUUAGAAUCUAAUGAGUAGCCGGUACAUUCCUUGACCGUGUUGAAAUCGAGCAGAUUGGACUCGCACCAGUCUUGCUCAGCUCGGGGCUUGCAGCUUGACCUAAAAUCUUGGUGGAAGAUCCAGCGACGGUUCGCAAAGUGGAAAACAAAAAAAACAGAUUGAAAUUCCAUUGUGCAAUACUUAUGCCCACCCCUGUAGUUAUCCUAUUGAACCAAGUCUCAAAAACGGUUCGUAUCGAAUUGAGACAAGUUGGUCGCAUGAAGAAUGGCUUGGGUCAAUUUGAAGCUGCCCCCGACCUCUCGCAUGCUGAGCAGGUGUCUCAACGGGUGUACCCGUAUUAAACCCGCGUUUCUGAGGUUAUUUUAGUCUCAGUUGGGCUAAAACGGGGGAACAACGGGUGUAAGAAAAAUAGGUAACCCAGCUGGGCUAAAGCGGGGUCUCAGUUGGGCUAAAAAGUGCCAAAAGUUCUAUCAGCUGGGCUUAUACGGGUUUAAUACGGGGGCACCCGCGGAGACCCCGUGUUAGCACGGCGGGGUUACCCUGCUGAGCAUGCGACCUCGAAGAGGUUCCCGCGCAAGGCUCACCUUUCUACCGCAGAGCGACCGCAACGCACUGGGAAGUGUGUGAGGUGAGGUUCAAACUUCUGUGGGAGGUAGUCUUAGGUAUGAGUAUUCGAAAACAGGAAGAAUUAUCUGUUGAGCGCCAUAGGAUACGGAGAAACUCCCUAUCGAAAAUGUACAUGAAAAGCUCAAAAAAAUAUUUACUAUGACUUUUGAAGAGUCUCUAACUUUUUUCAUAGGCCUCGAGGGCGGUUUUUAAAAUCAGAUUUGGAAUCAGAGUGAAAAACUACAUCUAGUAAACCCAGUCUCAUUCACUGCGAAUAGAAACCAUCUCUAGUUAGUAGACGUUUUUCGAAAAAUCCAUGCAAAUCAGCUUUUUGACAUUUUCGACAGGCUGUUUCUCAGUACCCUACGGCGCUUAGCUGAAAUUUCUUUAUAUUUUCGAGUACCCAUAUUUAGGACUAUCUACCACAGAAGUUUGGACCAGAUCUGCAAUGUUCACCUCAAACACUUGCCUUAUUUGUCAUCCAAAAAGAGACCAGCAGAAAGUUUUCAAAUUUAUCAACCUCUUCCUCAAUUAUCGCAUCGCCUCUUUCAAUAGUGAAAAAUCCUUAUCAGAACCGUCUUUUCACACUAAGCUUCUUCCAUUUUCAGCUCGACUUCGCCCGUCGCAAUCGGUGGAAUGGUAAGUGGUUCUUUGAAAGCAACAUCAAAAAGGGGUAUCCAAAUCGAAAGAGAAGUUUUGUAGAGCUUUUUCUAGGGUUUUUAAUGAUCUACUUGGAAUUUCGAAGAAGGUUGUACUUGUGCAGAAAAAUGGAUUUGUGAUCGAGAAAAGGAGUCAAGUGACUAGUGAGCUACAAGUCAGUGAUUGUAAAUUUUCCGAGUUUCGCUCCUUUCUCCAAUGCAAACUUCUUUCUGGCUCUAUUCAGUAAUCAAUUUCGAUCAUUGGUCAGGAAUUUUUUUCACAAAGAUUAUUUCUACCUAUUUCAAACCAGGAACCUGAGAAUCGAUCCUAUAAAAGGACAGAAACAAUGAGCAACGAAGUAGUCUGGCGGAGCCUAUGACGAUGGUUCAAAUCGAAAAUCGGCUAUCGAACUUGUUUGUAACGUGUUUUCAGCUCUCAAAAAUCCCUUUUUCCAUCAUAACUUUUCAAAAAAUAUCGGCAAAAAAAGUUAGCGGCAAAAGGAUUCGAACCUUCGUCAUAGGCUCCGCGGACUACUUCGCUACUGACUGCGCCACGCUGCUAGCUGCCAUUCGUUGGCUGGCGGCGCGGCCACAUUCCUUCAGAACAAGGUCUUGAACGACGAAAAUUUUGAAAAUUUAUAUCUCAAAAACGAAAAGUUUUCCCGGAUAGCCACUAUGCGGAAUCGAUUACUAGUCUAUCAAGGAGUGUUCGAGCAAAUAAAUAAGGAAUUAAGGAAACGUUGAGUAAAGUCGUAAAAAUGAAAGAUGGAAUUAAGCCAUUCCAAAUGUCUCAUUUUUCAGUCGCGUCUUCAGCAACUGCGGCAAGAGCUGGCGAGACUUGAAAGAGAUUACGAUUCUCUAUUAGUGGAGCACGAGAGGGAAGAGAAAGCCCAUCAGAGGCAAUGUGCGGAGGAGCUGGAGCAGCUCUACAAGGAGCAUCAGCGUCAGCAGCCGGAGGAGAAGCUGGCGCACGAGAAUCUGAUCGAAUCUAUCAAAAAGUCGUUCGAGGAAUCGCAGAGAAACCAGAAAAGGCGUGGCGGAUAGGGAUGAGAAGGACGCGAAAGAGGAGAUCAAGCGGCUGAGCCAGAAAGGUGUACCAACUGAAGAGCGAGCUCAACAAGCAGGAGCAGGAGCUCGAGGAGUUGAAAUUUGACGAGAUCGCUGAGAUGGAGGAAGAUGAAGCCGCAAAAAAGAAAGAAAUUUGCUGAGAUUCGCGGAAAAUUUGAGGCCGAUUUGAGAAAAUUGGAGCAUUCCCAUUUCCAAGUUUCCGGAGAAGGCGAAAAAAAGAACCAAGAGUUUCGGGAGGUCCACGAAAGCCGGAAAAGCACAACAAGUGUUCAACCAUCACAUUUCGACGACGGAGAUGCAAAUUCGGAGCCUCGCCGAUGUGAUCAACGAUGUUGAUUUGCAGGUAAGAACGAGAAACGACUUUUUGGGACGCGUAGCGGUCGCGAAGCGGUUUAAAAAAAACCUUCAUAAGCUCAAUAAUCCUCGAUUUUGAAGAGAGCCGAGGAAAGUGUCAAAGGAGCAUGAAAACAUUUUUUCGCGAAGGUCUUGAGUGGAAGAGUCUUUUUCUCCGUGGUAGUUCUUGAAAAAUCAAGCGUUUAAGAUUCUUCAUGAUUUUUUUCAAAGCCGUUUUUCGCGACAUGAAAGGGUGGAGCUUCUCUGCGCCCUCCUUCUCUCUCGCCAACCCUCUCUUUUUUACGCGCUAUUUUCGCGUUGCUCUGACUUCCCCGGUGAGGGAACAGAGAGACGCAGACACUCGAAAAUUCGUGCAGGACGGACUAGGGAUAUAAGGGGAGGCUCAGAGAAAUUUCGAAGAACCAUUCGAAUAAAAAAAAUUCAGGACCGAAAUUGCAGGCUUAGACCGCUGCGCGACCGCAACGCUUCACUUUAGGAAAACUUAAAAUUGAACAAAAAAUUCCAGACCACAAUCUACAACGCUUCGUUCAAUUCUAGAAGCGCCGAAAAGGUGAUGGAGAGAGUUUUUAAAGAAAAUACGAAAAUUGUUGGCAGGAGGCGAAAGCUCGCCGUCUCCUGGCUUCCAUAACGCACGCCCGCAACUAUUCCGAAAACCUCCGGCAAACGAUUUCGAACUUCCGCGAAAGUUGUCAGUCGAAAAAAACCGCCUUCCCAGCAAUUUGCCACAAUUAUCAGGUAGGAUCCCAUCGAAACAGUUUUUUUUUUUUGCUAAAAAAACAAAAAGUCUUUUUUUCGAGAAACAAUAUUUCAAUUUUCAAAAGUGAACGCAUUUCAAGGAGUAUUUUUUUUCUUAUUAUUUUUUUGCGUGUUUUUUUAACAUCGAUAAUUAAAACUAAUAUUGAAUCUUAAUAAAUUCAGAAAGCCUUGUCCUCCAUGCGGAUCUCAUUGAUCGAAUUGAACGAUUCGAUGAUGGAAGCCGAAAAAGAACUUAAAGGUAGGAAAAACAUUUUUUUAGAAGCUAAAAAUCAUUGAAUUGAUCUUCAAGUCUAUUAAAAACUAACUUUUUGAAAAUUGCUAAAUCUUUCAAAAUUUUAAUUGUAGACGUUCUUUGCAGCAAAAAAAAACUGUCUAGCUUUUCUGCGUCCUCUUUUCUCUCAAUCAAACCGUUCUAGUGAGAGAAAAGAGGGCGCAACCAUGUCAGACAGUUUCGAAUGAAGAGUUUCAAAAAAAAAGUCUAUAGACACGUCGCAUAUUUGACGAUCAUACAAUCUGAAAUUCCAAAAAACAGAACAAUUGAAACUUUGUGCACCCGACCUGAAGCGACUUGCGUGUUUGGACAUUCGAAAGUAUUUUGGGAAAACUAUUAGUUGGCACUUGAAGACUUUGAGAUUUUAGUUGCCUUAUUAGAUGGUUAAGACUACUAGACCACUGAAUACAACUGUAGUGACGCAAAAAGAGCUUCCAUAAAGGUGGUUUCAGUGGCCAAUUUAUAGCCCUAUCCAAGUAAUUCUUGAGGAACUUCUAAAGUGGUCACUAGGUCCGAAAAAGCCGAAUGUAGCCAUUCCAAUGCCACCAAAGAGCCUUACUGACUUCCCAAGAAAGUUUUUUCCUAGAUCGGCAAACAGCUGGAAGAGAAAGGAAUACGACGCAAGCUGAUCGAUUUCGAGAAACAACGCCGAAAAACUGCACUUUGACGACGACGAAGCUUAUUACACGUGUGGCAGCACCACGCCGGUGACAAGUAGAACUUCCCGGAAAAGUUCAAAUGCCUCCGAUUCGAGCUUCCAGCAUAUGAAGGACAUCAGAUAUUGAGAGUUGGCUCUGUCUAUUUUUCAAACUCGGAAAGGUGCUAAAUUUUUGGUUAACCCCCUUUCUUCAACUCGAUAAAAACCUUGUGAUGACGCUGUUGGGAAAGAAAGUGCGUCCGACUUGAAACGACUUACGAAUAAGAUCAUCGGAAUGCAUUAAACAACGGAUUCAUGUCUGCAGAAAUUUCAACCUCAAAGUUCUGAGACAUUCCAAGUGCGACCACUGUCAAAAACCGUUUAUUAACAUAGGAUGCGCUUCGAAAAUAAAUGACCAUUUUUCAACAAAAAAAAAGUAGCCGCAUUUGGAAUGUCUCAAAACGUUGCGCUUGAAAUCCUACAGCUACUGGAACACUCGUUAUUUAAUUUAUUCCGAUGAAUACAGUCGCAAGCCGUUUCAAGUCGGGCGCAAGGAUUUUAUCGAGUAAAAAUGGCCAAGUUCAACAAAAGCUAUAAGAAUUUGACAGACAAAACUCUUUUUUUUUUCAGUAG